CUAUUGUGGUGUUCAGUAUUUUUCCAUCUCAGUUAAACCUCGUGAUUACCACCCCUAUCACAACUUUGUAAGAUACAGCAAGUCACACCAUGUGCUCAAUAUUGUUAUAUACAAACACAAGGACAAAGCAUCUGCUGGGCUGUUAUCUACAGUUUUGCAACAUGCAGGUCACACCAUGUUACUCAGUUCUUGUCACACACACAAACAGGCAAGUAGCAAGCAGUUGUUUAAUCUCAUAAUGAUGCUCCAGUGCACAAAUGCAGAUACCUCACACAACCAACAUCAGAUAAUAUUUAAUCAUAUAUAUGGUAAUGGCUAUAAUGUAAAACACAGAAUCCCACAAAAGGGAGAGACAAUUCUGCUUCACGUCUCAUCCUCGUAACGUUGUUAAAGCUCUUGAGCGGUGAACAAGAUACACCGUGAAAGAGUGUAUAUCCUGGAGAUAUGGGAAUGAAGAUUUCCAGCGGAGAUUUUGAUUAGUUGUGAUAUUUUACAACUAACUUCACUAUAAUCUGAAUUACUUUAGUCUUUUACUGGCAUUCACCUCUCUAGUCAACAACAUAAAUAGUGUAGAAAUAGGGCGUUACCUGUCCCUAUAUCCGUGGGGAGUUGAAUAGCGGCGCACGUGUUUUUAUCUCGGAGCAAAUACCUUACAUCAAUCAGGCGAGAUGAAGCUGUUCUCUGGUGAUCACUGCGGGCAUCUUCGGUAUGCUCAGUUUUGCGUUCCAGACGGCAGCGAUUGGGAGCGACUACUGGUACAUUAUUAAGGUCAAAAGGUGUUCUUUCACAUUUAACUCCUCCAGCUACUCUGAACCUGCGAUGCACAUGUUGAACAUGCACAGUGUGAGUGUGGUCUUGCUCCCUCUUAGCCUGGUCCUUCUACUGUUUGGAGGAAUCUGUGGCUUGAUCAGUUCCCAGCCCUGGGGCCCCGCCCUCCUCACUAGCACUGUCUCCUAUCUCUUCUUCUGCAGUGUCCUGACCCUCUCCGGUGUCAGCCUGUACAUCAGCAACUCCGAGCAGGCACUGGCAGAGACCGAGAGUCUGGUGGGGGCUGAGCGUCUGGCCCAGGUGGUCAGCACCUCAUUCGAGCUGGUCCCUGGGCCUGGCUGUCCUUCUGCCUGGAGGUCCUCACUGGCCUGCUGCUGGCUGCCCACCCCACCCUCCAGAGCAGCUCACCGGGCCACGGCAUGCCCUCUGUCCUAACCCAAGAGCCAGGCCCUACAGAAGUGUCACAAGAACUGUACUUUCAAUUUUUAAAUUAUUUUUAUAUGCUCGUCUCUGGCACCACAAAUGAAUUUCCCUCUGGAGAAAUAAAGUUCUUUAUUACAUA